UUGAUUGUCCGUUGCAAUCGGAGUUUGUCCUUUUUUGUACCAAACCAGACUGUGAUGGAUGAACACAGGACUGAUUCAAUGACUGCUGUGUAGAACUUCCUCAACAGCUCCUGUGGCAGGCCGUGGUUCCUCAGAAGCCUAAGGAAGUACAUCCUCUGGUGGGCCUUUCUGAGGAUGGAGUAGAUCUCCCACUUCAGGUCCUGAGAGACUGUAAUUCCCAGGAACUCGAAGAUCUCGAUGGUUGACACAGGGCAGUUGGACAGCGGGAGGGCAGCUUUGGCAGAGGAUGCCUCCUGUAGUCCACGAUCAUCUCUCCAGUCUUGAGCGUGUUCAGCUCCAGGUUGUGUCGUCCACACCUCAGCUCCAACCGCGACACUUCCUGUCGGUAUGCAGACUCGUUACCGUCUUUGAUGAGGCCGAUGACUGUGGUGUCGUCUGCAAACUUCAGGAGUUUGACAGCCGGAUGCGUUGAGGUGCAGUUGUUCGUGUAGAGAGAGAAGCGGAGAGAGGACACAACCUUGGGGCGCCCCGGUGCUGGUGGUGCGCAUAGAUGAGGUGGUGUCCCCCAGCCUCACCUGCUGUGUCCUGCCCGUCAGGAAGCUGUAAAUCCACUGGCAGAUGGUAGGCGAGACGCUGAGCUGGAGAAGCUUGGAGGAGAGGAGUUUGGUGAUGAUGGUGUUGAACGCAGAGCUGAAGUCCACAGACAGGAUCCACGCGUAGGUCCCAGCGCCGUCGAGGUGUUCUAGGAUGAAGUGCAGUCCCAUGUUGACUGCAUCAUCCGCAGACCUGUUUGCUCGGUAGGCAAACUGCAGGGGGUCCAGCAGGGGGCCUGUGACAUAGACAAUGAUAGAGACAUUGAUGACUGCUGACCAAAAGUGGCCAAGCGUUCUGGGACAAGUGCUGAAACACUAUCAGCCCCCCAGUGGUGGUUAGAGACACUGCCUGUGGACAUUGAAAUCCCGUGUUUGUAACAAAUAAACCUCCAGGAAUAUUCUAAAUAUAUGCCUUGAUGUCUGUGUCUUUAUGGUCUCAGUCUUACAGGUCAGGCUGCCAGACUUUGAGAACUGUUCCUCUUGAUUUGAAGCCAAACAGUAUGAAAUUAUGUUGUAUUGAACAAUUAGUUGAUUUGCCAAGACUAAAGUUUAGGCAAUCAUUCCGUAUGCUUGAUCUAUGAGGAAGAGUACAAAAUUGGGAGUGUUUUAGAUUAUUAUAUGAUUUCUAAGCCCAUUUUUAUGGGUCAAAAUUGUAGACUAAAUUCAAGAUGAUGGGUAUGGUCUUCUCCAGUUUCCCCAUCUCCUAGACACACCUUCUGGGUAUUUAACCCUUAACUUCUGCCUUUUCGCCCUCUUGCUUCUUGGCUCCUGUCCUUCAUGCUGAAAGUUACCUUGGAGCUGUGGUGCCGCCCCUCCCCUUUUCUUUGUUCGAACACGCGAUUCGGCCAGCGCAAGCCUGGGAUGGAGACUUGGCUUCCCGGCCUAUGUGGGUCACUGCUAGGCAAUCAGAGGAGCUGCUACUAAAAGUACCAGGUACGCUUCCUCCCAAGCGUGAGCUCUCAAGUUGCCAGCGGGUCCAUGAAAAGGCAGGAAGAGAAACGGUCACAUUCUCCCACAGAUAUGUGAAGAACAACUACCCUUUUUCUUUUUCCACCUGUUUUUCUUUUUUCUUUUUGUGCAUCUUCCUCUUCAACUAAACCUGACUCUAAUCCUCCCAGGACAACUGAGAAAGACCAUCCCCAAAGACCAACUGAUCUACGGUCGUGAGUAGCGCAACAAUGGUUGUCAGAGUGUACGAAAUUAGUGCCUAAUCAUUUUGGGGAAAAUACAGGCUUCACACAAGUCCCAAAUUUAUUCUCCCUCACUGUAAUUCAACUAAUUUCACGCUCACAUUUUUUAAUUCCCGCCACACACGAUACCCUUCUUCCUUUACGUGUCUAGUUUCUUUCUAUUACCAUUAUUAGUGUUUUCUUUUUGUAGUUAGAUCCCUUUGUAGUUUCCCUGCAGUUUUCCCUGUAGAUUUAAUUAAAUAUUCCAUAAAAUUCCACGGCGGCACGGUGAACGACUGGUUAGAGCGUCUGCCUCACAGUUCUGAGGAGCGGGGUUCAAUCCCCGGCCCCGCCAGUGUGGAGUUUGCAUAUUCUCCCCGUGCCUGCGUGGGUUUUCUCGCCGGUUUCCUCCCACAUCCGAAAAACAUGCAUGGUAGGUUAAUUGACACCUUUAAAUUGCCCGUAGGUGUGAAUGUGAGUGCGAAUGGUUGUUUGUUUGUAUGUGCCCUGCGAUUGGCUGGCAACCAGUUCAGGGUGUACCCUGCCUCCUGCCCGAUGACAGCUGGGAUAGGCUCCAGCACGCCCGCGACCCUAGUGAGGAGAAGCGGUUCUGAAAAUGGAUGGAUAAAAUUCCACUUCCUGAUGUGCUUGGUGCAUGUGUUCGAGUUUAAAAGUUAAAACCAAGGAAGUCGAGGACUCGUAUUUCAUUCUUGUAGCAACCUUCAGAUUAUGAGUUUUUUCGUCACUUUUCCUCAAAUUUACGAAUAUAAAAAGAGAGGUGGUAGCCCUUUACGAGACAAAGAGUUUGAUUCUAAUGUUAAACGUAAAUGGAACUAAACUGGAAGUAACGGAGGCGUUAAAUUAUUUGUCCAAAAUUAAUUAAGUUUUUAUCCAACACCAAUAUACGCUACAGUAACAUAAUGGAUGUGCAUCCAUUGUUGUAUGUACAUGCACAAACAACAUUGCAUUUUGGUUAUACUGCAUUAUACUCAGAGGUGUAAUUUGGUUCUAGCUAAAAAAAGGCCACCACUAAACACCACUCUGAAAAAUACAGUGACCAGCACAAUAAUAAAUAUAUUUUUCAACAAUUGUAUCCAUGCCAGUUAGUACUGACUAUUAUUUUUAGAAGUCAAAACUUAGAUGGCAGAAUUUUUCAUAUGGGUCACGAAUCAGAAACUCCUCAAAAAUGAAUGACAAAAUACAGAAAAAAUAUGCAACAUUUUAGAAUAUGUAGAGGAACGGAAAUUUGUGUCUCGCAAAUUUGUUUUUUAUAAGGAUUCACAUUUUUACGUCUUUUGAUGAUGGAUUUACAUUUCCCCAACAGGUUUUUCUCUGAAUUCAUGACGUGGUCUCCUGACUGAGCCAGCCAGAUAUUAACAACACAAGUGAAGACCAGACCAUCCUGGGCCAUGACUGCUCUGCUGAACGCAACGGAUAUUGUUGGGAAGUCAGCCAUUCUGCUGGCGACCACAGACUCUCUCUUUAACCUGACUCCAGCUUCUCGGGCAGAACUUUUAUCAGACCAGCCGGUGGCUCCAUUCUGUACCGUCUGCUGCUGUGGAUUUCUCAAUCGUGCCUUUGCAGUUGCUCUCAUGGUCAGCCUGGCUUUCGCAAUAGUGGUUGGGAAUGUGAUCACUCUGACUGUUUUUGUGCAGACGAGACAGUCCAGAACACCGCAAGGCUAUCUGAAAGUGUCUCUGGCUGCAGCUGACAUGAUGGUGGGCGUCCUUGUGGUCCCUUUUUCUGUUUACACGGAAAUCUCACUGAUGGUAACCUACACGCCUCCCAUUUGGUAUCAGGGGGGUUCUGCAUCUCUGGCGUCCUCUUUAAGCGGACAGAGGAACCCGUGGCAGCCCUGCAUGCUGAUUGGACCUGUGUUCGCUGGGUGCACCUUUGUCUCCAUCAGCACCAUCUUCCUCAUGACAGUGGAGCGAAGUGUGGCCAUCCUUUGGCCGCUCCACAAGGACGCCUUGGUGACGCAGAGGAGAACACUUUCCCUCAUCCUGCUCUCAUGGGCUGCAAGCUUUCUACUGGCAGUUGCACCCCUCUUAUUCAGCAGCAACUUCACUUUAGAGUACAAUGAGUGUAGCCGAAUGUGUAACUACGUACCAGUGUUGCUUGGCAACCGGCCACCACAUGACGCCAACAUCCUGCUGUUAUUCCCAGUAUUUGACUUUACGCUCCUUGGUGGAACAUUGACAGUUAACAUUGUGUCUUUCACAAGCAUCAGGCAGUACUCCAGGAGACGCAAACUCCUCUCAGAGGGGAGCAUGACUGAUGGAGGAGGAAGAGGAGGAGGGGGAGGGCCAUGCCCUCACAGACCCUCAUUUUCAGACAUUAAGGCCGCUAAGACAAUAAGCAUAUUAACAUUUGCUUUCACCGCAUCCUUUUCUCCCAUUGCAGUAUUUGUGCUCGGGAAUGUGGUGGGAUACACCUGGUGCAACUUCUCCUUUGUUGCCUUCUGGAUUCUAACAGCAAACAGCUGCUGCAAUGUGAUCAUCUACAGUGUCAGGGACCACCGUUUUCGGAAGGGGGUGACCCUACUCUUUCAGCGUGACAACUGUCCCCCACAGGAGGAGAAAACCUGAGAGACAUGCCCAGGACUGUAGCUGUUGAUGAGAUUUAAGUAAUGUGUCGGGGGACACGUUCCCCCACACUUUUUACCCUAUGUGUGUGAUGUGCCCCUUUUUCCCGGAAUGGAAAAUUUCAAAUACAGCACCAAAGGAUUACACAAUCUCACCAGGAUUUUGAAUACAUUAACCGGGCUGCUUUCCAGCACAAUGAGCGCAUGCUUGGAAUGAAGGACACUAUUGAAAUACUGAGUCUCAAGCUGAUAAGAUUGUUAGAUAGACCAAGUAGAUAUGCUUUUCAUCCCAUAAGAGAAAUGAUAUAAUACUAUAUUUUGACACAAAAAUGCUCUACUGUAUUUUCCCUCAAUUUAAAAGCGGUUUGCACCACAGCAUCUGAAGACUGCAUGGCAGAAUUGUGAGGGUACAAAAAUGUGGUUCCUGCACCACUCAAAUAGUAACAAUAAAUACAUACCACUUAUAGCCACAAUGAGAUCAAGUAUGAUAAUAUCUGCCUCAAGUAUCAGAAAUAAAAUUUCCAACUUAACCGUUUGGUACAGUUUACUCAUAUUGUAUCAUAUGCAUAAUAAUGUAUCUGUAUUAUUUUAUGAUUAAAUCAGACCUUCAUAUCUGCUCAGGCAUACUUUAAUACAUUGUAUUUUAUUCUGUCAUUUUAAAACUGAAAUUGGAUGCUUUAUUACUAAGUACACCUUAUACAACCUUCGACGUAGAGGAUAUGUUCUUCUCAACUUCAAGGGCAUAUUUUCUUGUCAAGUUUUAAUAUUCUCCACAAUGGUUUUGAUCAGCGUCACAUUUGAACUCUGGCUAUGGGCUUCAAAAAGUCACACGAGUCACAAUUACGAUAUUUAGUGUUGUAAUUCAUACUAAUACUGCCAUUAUAGCAACAAAAUUACCCAUAGUAAAUGGAUAUGCUAUUGUCUCGGAGAAAUGCGCAUCCUGAGAAAUAGAAAGACUGAAACAGCUCUCAGCAUGAGAGCUCCACAAUGAUUACCUCUGGGUUGAUACUCGAAGACCAAUUUGGAAUCUACUUUCACAUACCAAUGUGAAAUAGAUCUUACUCAACAACCGAUCCAUUGCAUUUUUCAGUUGGCAUGUAACAACAUCUGUGAACAUAAUGCAUGAAUGAAAACUUGGAAAAUAUACAUCAUCUAUAUUAAUUGUGGUGCUGUGCAGAGUUGUGAUGGAAAUAAUGCAUGUGUUUUGGAACAUUUUGUUUGCGACCUUGAUGCAGUUUAUCUACAGCAAAGUAAUUAAACCACAGUUUCUCAGACUUAUUUUCAACAAGAUAAGACGGUUCAUAUUAUAUUACGCGUAUAAAACGGGAGCUGUUGUGAGUCGUUCUUUCAUAUCUACUCUCAGACAAACACCAUCCAAUGAGGGCAAUGGAAGCUCAAUAAGAGAAGCAACAACUUGAAGAAGCUCAUUGUAGAUGUUAAAUCUGCUCAUUCACCCAAUGGUAACUGGAUUAUAUUCUUGGCACAUGCACGUGAGCUCUUGAAACUGGAAUUGCUCUUCAUCAGCAUUCCAAUCCUAUUCCAACCAUUUUCAAAGCAGUUAAACAAUAUUAUAAGCCUACUGCUAAGAAAUCAACACAUCACUCAACAUUGUGUGAAUGAGAGUGGGAGUUAUAGGGGGAUAUUUAGCAGUAUCAACAACAAUAAUAAUAAUAAUUAUUAUUAUUAUUAUCAUUAUUAUGCAAAUGUGGGAAAAGGGUCAUUUUAUCUUCAUGGAAGAUCAGCCUGAAAUGUAAAGGUUCAAUUUUUAAUUUGUGCACUUACAUACUCAAAAAGUUGGCCUUGCAUAUGAAUGAACAGUAAAGACCCACAUAUUCGCAGCUCAGCAUUCCAAAGUCGCAUUAUCACAAAUCUUUGGGGAACCUGAAAAUAUUGUGUAGUCGCUGUUUUUGUACUCAGGUCAAAAUAAUAACGGCAUUUCGUUGGUGCUAUCUGGUGGAAUCUCGGUGUUGUUGCCAGGCUUGAUGAAUUGAUAGUUCUUCCGUUUCAUUGCCGUUUGAGUUGUCCUGUUUUGUUUGUGGUCCCUGGAUGCGCCUCAUGCACAGUCAAAAGUGUAACCAAACGUUUGUCUCUGCUUCUCUCCCAAUGCAGCUGCUUAUUACCAAUGUAGUAUACUUUGCCGUUACAAUUUGCCUGUAUUCCCCAAUGUUUCUUAUUGUGUGUAAAAGCCAAAUGGUGAGUUUAAUGACUUAAUACUCUAAAAUGCUAUUGUGGAUAUUUGUUUGCCAAUGUGUGAUGUCACGGCAGUUUGUGCUAAUAAUAUUGAUGCGCCUUACGUGAAGGUGGUUUGCUUAUGUUGAAUAAUUUAACUACCUACUGAAUACAGUAAAAUACCUCUCUAUCUGACGGCAUCUAUACACAGUUACAAGCGCCCUUUGUCGGGGAGACGGGGGCAUCAAUUAUUCACGGACCUUUGGUACUAAUACGGGGCUUUGUCCCUAUCACCUGCAAAUUGUGGGGCGUCAAUGUAUCCCAAGCAGGCCGCAGUAUUCAAUAAACAUCAAGAAAUCCAUGAAACUCUGUGGAUGGGUGGCUAAUGAAGAACCAAUACAAUUGUUAUUGAGUCAUGAGGAAAUGGUGCAGUUGAAUAUGUUAUGAUUUUUGUUGUUGUUUAUGUUAAGCUAUAAAGUGUGUCGUUGUGUGUGGCAUGACAAUAAAGGCCAUUCAUUGCCAUCAACUGCUUUUUACUACUCAAAUUCUCUCAAACACAA